AUGAGUGAAAACGAAAGUGAUAAUUGUUCAACGCCGGAAAAAACAAAACGGCGACGAGGAGAAAGUUCCAAAACUUACUCUCACGAAAAACAGAACUUUGGAGAUGAAUGGAUAACCAAUACAGACUACAGCGAUUGGUUAUUGCCAGUACAUAACAAUAAGCUAUUAGCCAAGUGUAAGUUAUGUAUUACAGAAAUGACUGCUGAAUUAAGUGUCAUCAAAAAACAUUCUCAGACAAAAAAAACAUUUAAGUUCGAUCAAUUCAAGUUAGUGGAGCAAACUAAGAAAGCAGAAAUUUUACUUAGUAGCUUUAUAAGUGAACACAAUUUACCAUUUAAUGUUAGCGAUCAUUUAGUAAAAACAUGUAAUGCAGCAUACCCGGACUCAAAAAUUUGUUCCAAUAUACCUUUGGCUUGUACAAAAUCGACGGCUCUUGUGUCAAAUGUUAUAGGACUUUAUUCCCUGGAACAGCUUACUAAUGUUUUGCAGAAAACACUUUUUAGUGUGAUCAUUGACGAAAGCACUAAUUUAUUUGAAGAUAUCGAAAGUGACAAAGGUGCCACUGGUCAAAAAAUAUUUGAUGAAGUUAUAAAAGCUUUCACAGAUUCCAAAAUUCCAUUGGAUAAUCUAAUAGAAUUCGCUUCUGAUGGAUGUAAUACCAUGUUCGGUGCAUCAAAUUCUGCUACAUCAAGACUGAAAGAAUUUUUGCCAGGUUUUGUUCUACUGCUUAAUAUACUGCUUGUUCUACUGUUCUUCUGUAUACUCAAAAUUCAGAUGGCGGAAAAUACAGGUAUUGAUUUUAAAACAAACUAUUUUAUUUAA